CGAGGGUGACGGCCAGCGAGAGCCACCCCGAUAUGCCGGCAGCUUGCUAGCUAGCUGUACGUGUUGACCGGUUAGCUGCCCAAAAUACCGACCUGCAGCCCUGGCUUUGAAGAAGCUAGCAUCAGUGAAGGGUCCAUGACACGUCGCGCCGGAAAUAAUGAGACUGACUUUUAUUGUGCUGCUGCUGCUGCUGCUGAACAUCCAUCAGGUCACAUCGGCACCCAAAGGAGUCACUGCCAGUCUAGAAGCCAAAUGGAGCAUGACGCCUUUCCUCCUGGAGACAAGCGAAUUUGUCGGAGAAGAUGGGAAUGAGAAAUUCUGGCAGUUUGUUGACACUGUGAAAGAGCUCACCGUAUACAAGCAAGGAGAGUCUGUGCGCUCAUAUUAUAACUUGAUAAUAAAGAAGGCUGGCCAGUUCCUCACAGAUCUUCAAGUUCAUCUUCUCAAAUUUGCUCUGGCCCUACGCUCCUACUCACCAGCUGUUCAUGCGUCCCAGCAGAUAGCCAGUGAUGAGCCUCCGCCUGAGGCUUGCCCUGCCUUUGUCUCCAUCCAUGGUCAACAUAGCUGCAGCACCAAGGACAUCAAAAAGCUCCUGAAGGCAGCUGCAGGCAGGCCAAAACCCUAUUUAUACAAGAAUGAUCACACAUAUCCAGGAGUCAAUAACACAGAUGUGCCAGUUGUGAUCCUCUAUGCUGAGAUUGGAACCAGAAAGUUCACCUCUUUUCAUAAGGUGCUCUCCGAGAAAGCUCAAGAGGGCAAACUUACAUAUGUGCUGCGGCAUUUUGUAGCGGAUCCUAAACCUCAUAAGAUGCUUUUAUCUGGCUAUAGUGUUGAGUUGGCUAUCAAAAGCACAGAAUACAAAGCUGUGGAUGACACCAAAGUAAAAGAUCCAAAGACAGUUUUAAAUACAGAGGAUGAUGAUAACGACGUACAAGGAUUCCAUUUUGGAACAUUAAAGAAAUUUCAUCCUGAACUGCAGGAGAAACUCGUUGAGCUUCGCAAAUAUCUUCUGGACAGCACCAACGUUAUGGCCCCUCUCAAAGUGUGGGAAAUGCAAGAUCUAAGUUUCCAAGCAGCUGCCACAAUCAUGUCCGUGCCAAAGUUUGAUGCUUUGAAGCUCAUGCGAGACCUCAGUCAGAAUUUUCCAAGCAAAGCCAGAUCACUGACAAGAGUGGCCGUAAAGCAGGAAAUGAGAAAAGAAAUUGAGGAGAACCAAAAGCAUCUCAGUGAGACCAUUGGUGUUCACCCGGGAGAUGGGGAGCUCUUCAUCAAUGGACUGCACAUUGAUCUGGACUUUCACAACGCUUUCAGCAUUUUGGACAUCCUCAGAGGUGAGGCCAGGGUCUUGGAGGGGCUUCAUAACCUAGGCAUAAAAGGAGAACAUCAGGGCAAGCUGUUGCGAUUACCUGUGAAUGCUGUGGAUAACAGCUAUGCCUUAGAUAUCAGACAUCAAGCUAUUAUGUGGAUAAAUGACAUAGAGAAUGACCCGAUGUACCGCAGCUGGCCAACAGGUGUGCAGGAGCUGCUCAGAGCUACCUUUCCCGGCGUCAUCCGGCAGAUCAGACGCAAUUUCUUCAACUUGGUGCUUUUCCUAGAUCCAGUACAAGAAGAAAGUGUUGAGCUGGUUAAACUAGCAGAGCUUUUCUACAAGCACAAGAUCCCCCUGAGAAUUGGAUUUGUGUUUGUUGUCGACACCAAGGACGAGAUUGAUGGCUUCUCAGAUGCAGGGGUUGGAUUUUACAGACUGCUGAAUUACAUUGCAGACGAGUAUGAUUUAUCCCAGGCUCUGAUGUCAAUGGUCUCAAUGUACAACAAAGUAGGAGUUGGGGAAUCGCUCUCUGUUGAUACACUCUCUACUUACCUGAAGAUGAAAUUCCCUAAAGCCAAUGCUGAAAGGAUUCUCGGAGUAGAAUCCGAGUAUGAUUACAAUAGAAAGGACGGUUCCCUCUUCUACAAAAAGAGUGGCCUGGGCGCCCUGCCUCUGGCAUUGUUUAAUGGAGUACCCCUGAGCCCAGAUGAGAUGGAUCCAGAUGAGCUGGAGACCAUCAUUCUGCAGCGCAUAAUGGACACCACCAAUGCUUUCCAGAGAGCUGUCUAUAUGGGUCAGUUAAACGAGGGCUCAGAUGUGGUGGACUAUCUGAUGGAUCAGGCCAACGUGGUUCCCAGGAUGAACCCUCUUGUUCUAAACACUGACCGCAAGUACCUCGACUUCACUUCCAAACCAGUUGUAAAUGAUUGGGAAGACACGACUAUGUUUUCAUUUUUGGAUGCCAGAGACAAGACAGCUGUGGUGGCUAAGAGAAUGAAGUACUUCACAAAUUAUGAUGAGAAUGGGAUGAGCACUGUGACCAUAUGGAUAGCUGGGGAUUUAGAGACGGUCUCAGGAAGAAAUCUGUUGCUCAAUGCUCUGAAACACAUGAAGGCCAGCCCCGGAGUGCGUGUGGGGGUGAUGGAUAACCCCGGAGGAAAGCCCAGAGAAGAUAACACUGUGCUGUACAGGGCUAUCUGGGCCUCUUUCCUCACCCAGAAGAAUAAGGCUACAGUAGAGUUUGUGCAAAAACUCCUGAGAGAGGAAAGCAGCCAGCUCCUCCAGCAGGGGACCAAGAUGAAGGACUUACUGAUGCAGGACAUGGAUGUCGAUGCCUUCGAAAAAAAGUUCAACACAUUGGAGGUGGAUUUUAUCCGGAGUCAGCAGCUGUUCUCUAGGGAUGUCAUGAAACUGAGGCCUGGAGAUCGGGCAGUGAUCAGCAACGGCAGGAUCCUAGGCCCGUUUGAGGAGCAUGAAGAAUUCACUGUGGAGGAUUUCCACUUGCUGGAGAAGAUUACACAGGGCGGCUCUGCAGAGAAAGUCAAAGCCAAAGUUAAAGAGAUGGAGAUGAAGCCAAAGCACGCCAGCGACUUGGUCAUGAAAGUUGAUGCCCUCUUAUCUGCAGCCCCGAAAGGAGAGGUCAGGAGGGACGUCCACUUUAUCAAAGACAGCCACAGUGUGCUGCAACUCUCACCACGUGAAAACGAGGUGUUCUAUGACGUGGUGGCCAUCGUUGACCCCCUUACCAGGGAGGCACAGAAGAUGUCUUCUCUCCUGAUUGUGCUCAGUCAAGUGGUCAAUGUGAGACUGCAGGUGUUUAUGAAUUGCAGGGCAAAGUUGUCCGACAUGCCCCUCAAGAGCUUUUACCGUUUCGUCCUGGAGUCUGAUGUGGGUUUCUUGGCCAAUGACACAGUGUCUCCAGGACCAGUCGCCCGCUUUAUGGAGCUCCCAGAAUCUCUACUCCUCACGCUCAAUAUGAUCACACCAGAGAGCUGGAUGGUGCAGUCGGUGCGCAGCCCCCAUGACUUGGAUAACAUCCACCUGCAGGAGGUGAAUGGGAUUGUGGCGGCUGAAUAUGAACUGGAGCACCUUUUGCUGGAGGGCCACUGCUUCGACCUGUCAACUGGCCAGCCUCCCCGUGGACUCCAGUUUACCCUGGGCACGAGUCGGGACCCACUCAUGUAUGACACUAUUGUCAUGGCAAACCUGGGAUAUUUCCAGCUGAAAGCCAAUCCUGGUGCCUGGAUCCUAAGAUUACGUAAAGGGAGGUCAGAGGAUAUCUAUCAGGUUGUGACGCACGAUGGAACCGAGUCUCCUGCAGACGCUGGUGAUGUUAUAGUUGUGCUGAAUAGUUUCCACAGUAAGAUUAUCAAAGUCAGAGUGCAAAAGAAUGCAGAGAAAAUCAACGAAGAUCUUUUAAGUGAAACGAGUGAAAGCAAAGGCAUAUGGGACUCCAUAGCAAGAUAUUGGAGGACAAUCCUCACGGGUGGCGGCUCCAAGAAGGAUGAAGGGGAGAAGAAGAAAGAAGAUGUUCUAAACAUAUUUUCUGUUGCCUCUGGCCACCUGUACGAGCGCUUUCUCAGAAUAAUGAUGCUGUCCGUCCUUCGGCAUACCAAAAUACCUGUCAAGUUCUGGUUCCUCAAGAAUUACCUCUCCCCGUCGUUCAAGGAGACCAUCUCACACAUGGCAGAGUCGUACGGCUUUCAGUAUGAACUGGUGCAGUACAAGUGGCCCCGCUGGCUCCACAAUCAGCACGAGAAGCAGCGUAUUAUCUGGGGAUACAAGAUCCUAUUCUUGGACGUUCUGUUCCCCCUGGCUGUGGACAAGAUCAUCUUUGUGGACGCCGACCAGAUUGUCAGGGCCGAUCUGAAGGAGUUGAAGGAUUUAGAUCUGGAGGGAGCUCCUUACGGCUACACGCCGUUUUGUGACAGCCGCAGAGAGAUGGAAGGCUAUCGCUUCUGGAAAAGCGGCUAUUGGGCCUCGCACCUGGGACACAGAAGAUACCACAUCAGCGCUCUCUAUGUCGUCGAUUUAAAGAAGUUUCGUAAGAUUGCCGCCGGGGACAGAUUACGAGGCCAGUACCAGGCCUUGAGCCAAGACCCCAACAGUCUGUCCAACCUGGACCAGGACCUUCCGAACAACAUGAUCCACCAGGUGGCCAUCAAGUCUCUCCCUCAGGAGUGGCUGUGGUGUGAGACGUGGUGCGACGACACCUCCAAAGUCACAGCAAAGACGAUAGACCUGUGCAACAACCCAAAGACCAAGGAGCCCAAGCUGACGGCCGCAGCGAGGAUUGUGCCCGAGUGGGUCGAGUAUGACAACGAGAUAAAACAGCUCCUGAGACGGGUCCAGGAACAGGGAGACGCAGCGACAGAAAAACAGACUCCCUCUCCCUCGCAGCAAGAAAAAGCAGACAGCCUGCGUGAUGAACUUUGAGAGGAGGAAGGGAGGCAGCACCUUGUGAACGCAGGCCACCUGUGAAGCUCGAAGACAGACAGUUCCAUCUAAACAUAGCCACGGAAGUGUUGCAUCCCCCAGCUGGACAAGGAUGUUGUCGAGAUCUCAGAGACGCCAUAACUGCUUCUACAAUCAAUACAGUCUUACAAAUAUCCAUGUGACGCGAGUGUUAACUGCCAGCUGUGAACCCAGCGCUGCAGCCAGGCGAGGUUGGUUCGAGGAUACUGGAGAAUGAAGUGAACACAGAAAGAGUAAAGGGUCAAACCGUUCCCUUCAGUGUGUAUUUGGAAAAACAGUUGGGGUAUAUAUAUAUAUAUAUAUAUAUGGCACUGAUAAUGUAUGCAAAUAAUCCAGUGGAGAGGCACUAAGAACCUUAUCUCAGACAAAUUUUAAGGUAAAAUUUAUGUUUUCUUAAUUUGACAACCGUAAGACUUUGAUUACUUGUUGACUGAAAUGCCCGAACCAAAGUUGUGACUGAUGAAAACCUAUUCUUACUUUUAAAUUUAAAAAUGAAUGCAAAGUUGUUACAUUAGAGCAGCAGUUAGCACUGUUAGUUAGUAUUCUGUUCCCUAAGCCCCGCCCCUCUACAGCAGUCGUCCAGUCAUAGCUCAGCAACUGUAACUAACAGACCGUCAGUCUUGUGGAUGGGGAUGUUCUUCUUUUUAUAGCAGUGAGUCUGUUUAGCUGCCAAGUCUUGUGACAAUAUAUCAAUAUGAUUUGGGCUCAGCAGACCAUGCUAGGCUUUAUUUCUUGCCACGUUAUGGCUCAAAGAAUCCUCAUUUUGCACACUUCAGGUCGUGGCUUAUGUGAAGAAUAUAGGAUUUUUAACUUAUUUCACUAUGUUUACAUUUUAUGUACGUUCAGCUUCACUAUUAUAUUUUUUCAGUACGAAUUUUUCAAUAUUUAAUUUCCCAGAUGAUCCAGUGUUUUGUCUCAGGAAUAAGAUGGGUGCUGCUGCGUGAUAAGGCCAGUCGCAGUUUUUUUGUUUUCGUCUUAUUUUCUUUGUGGUAAAUAAAAAUGGGUGCAGGAAAGUGUGGCCACCUGUCUUUAAAUGUGCUGUGUCAAUUCGAAAUGUUUAUAUUACUACGUUGUGGGAAAAAAUAAAUCUUUGAUACCAAACUGUAAUUACAAAA